AUGGAGACACAGCAACAACAGGUCCCUGUUCAGAUCGACAACUCGAAUCUCCCAGGUUUCACACACGGAGCAGAGUUUGCUGCUGAGGCUACCACACAGAUUAUGCCUGACUCUCUCCCCUCCACCAUUCCUUUUGAUGAGGAUUCGUCUCCGAGACAAUCACCGAGUGAGCGAAUUUCUCCCAGUGAAGAGGUCAGAGGUGCGACAGCUCGUUCUUCGCAAGUUAUUGAAAUAAGUGACGAGGAGGAUGGUCACGCACGUUUGUCGCGACCAAGACGUCGUAUUGCUGGCCCGAUCGAUUAUACUUAUCAAGGAUAUCAUGAUAUGAUAGAAUAUGCGACCACUACAUCGUCAAAUACACGCAAACGAAAAACAGAAGACACCACCACUGUGGAUUUCAAUUCCAACCUUGAUCAGUUUGUCAAAAAUAUUCGCCGUCAGUAUGAGGCUUCGAAUCACGAAAGCAACCGGUUAAAAGUGGAAAAUGACCAGUUGAUGGAAGAAAUCCGCCAAUUAAAAAAAGCUAAGAAGCAUUAUAAAGGGCAGGUGCGGACGUCAAAUCUACGGAUCGAAGCUUUUCGACGACAUAUUGAUGAACAGAAAAAGCGAGGCAUCCUCAGCUGCCCCAUCUGCCGUAGGUCUAAGCCAAGCUGGCAGAUACUCGGUUGUGGCCACCUGCUAUGCACAGAAUGUGUGGAAAAUAUCAAGCUCCAGGGUCAAGUUUACGAAUAUCCUUGUCCUCAGUGCACGGCCCCUAUCAAGUCUUGUUUGGAUUGCCAUCCUAAUUUGGUGGAGUUAUAGCUUCACUUGCUUGGAGAUAGAAAUAUUUUUCUCUUUAGUGUGGACAAUUGGAAGAAAAAGUAUUCGUCUGAAGUAUAUAUGAAAAACCAAGGGAGGUUCAGGUAAUUCAAGAAUGCAUCAGACCCUGGGCUGCGAGGUUACUCAG